CGUCUGCUCCGCUGCAGACAGAUCCCAACUGCUGUGAAACGUUCGAGCAAGGUGAUCGUGUUCGUUGGUUCAACUUCGCUCUCAGUGCAUUCCCUUCUUUUGAACUUCUACGAAGUCGCUCUGCGAAUUUCCGUCAUGGUGCGUUUGGUCUUUUACCCGCUUUUCAACAACGAGGAAGACUUGUUCUCUCCUCUCAAGGCCCUGGACCAACUGAGCGACUCCGUGAUUUCGGCAGUGCGUCAAGCGGACAACAAAACGAAGCAGGUGUCGCUGGAUCGCAGUCCAAGCUGCGUUUGUCUACGCGGUGCAUCGCCGCUGAGCUGCCGUCGCAAGCGUCACUGCAGCGACGACGUGUCGUCGCGAAGCGCCGAUUCAUCCUCGGACGACGAGUCUAAGUUUGUCGUGAACUGCAACGUGCGCGGCUACAAACCCGAGGAGAUCUCCGUCAGGACGAUCGGCGACUGCGUCGAGGUGAGCGCCAAGCACGAAGAAGACAGCGAGGACGGUAGCAGACACGUGAAGCGAGAGUUCACCCGGCGGUUCACCCUCCCCGAAGGAGUGAAGGCAGAGACGGUCACCUGCGCCCUGUCGUCUUCGGGCGUGCUGGCCAUCGAGGCUCCCAAGCCGGAGGUUCCGAGCAAGAAGCCGAGGAUGAUCCCGAUCACGGUAGAAUCGUCCAAGCCGAUCGAAGCGGCGUCAGAGGAGUCUAACAAGGAGGCGCAAAAGUAGAAAGAAGGCGCGGCGCCCGCGUCCUGAACAUUCCUGAAUUGUGCGCAUAUUUAUUGUCCCACGAUCAUUCAUAGGAUCAUGUCUUUCUGUUCGCGAAGUGCGUUCACAUUCCGUCAUUUCUACGUCUCGCAAAUGUUUCAAUAAACGGGUGUACUUAUCCCGCACAUGA